AUGAACCGUCUCGUGACCCGAUUACCACUACGUCUCGUCCCUCAAUGCCGUCCGCCGACCCAAUUCCUGCGAUUCUCCGUGGCUCCUAGCCGCAGCUUGACUUUCCGCCAAAGCCGUACCUUCACCAACUCACCAGCACUAUACAAGAAGAAAGACAAGGCAGCGAAGAAGGGAAGCUCCAACUCGGAGGCGGAGCCUAGCUCUGCUGCUGCUGCUGCCACAGAGGAUCCAUUCGAUCUUUCAACCCUCAACUCAGGCAUAUCCACGGCCAUUUCCAGAUUGAAAGAUGAUCUGUCUAAGCUCCGCGCGGGCGGGCGCUUCAACACUGCGACUCUCGAGGGCCUAAAGGUCCAGCUGAGCAAGGAUAUUCAGGAUUCAGUCAAGCUGGGCGAUCUGGCCCAGGUUAUACCCAAGGGUGGCAGGAUGGUGACCAUCCUCGUGGCGGAGGAAGAGCACAUCAAACCCGUUACUUCGGCGAUUGUAUCCUCGAAUUUGUCCUUGACUCCCCAACCUGAUCCUCACAACGCGCUUCAAUUGAAUAUCCCCAUUCCUCCUCCGACCAAAGAAUCCCGGGACAAGAAUGUCCAGGCCGCUAAGCAGGCCUUUGAAAAAGCUGCUAGUGCUGUUCGCGAUUCCAGAGGCGCCAUGCACAAGCGACUACAAGACAUGCAAAAGAAGAAGCUUGCCCGACCUGACGACGUGCGCAAAGCUCAUGAUCAUAUGGAGAAAGCUACGGAGAAGGGACAAAAGGAUGUCAAGGAGCUAUUCGAUGCGGCCAAGAAGUCCUUGGAACAGGCAUGA